AUGUACAAUGGGAUCGCUUGGGAGGGGUACAUAUAUAUCCUAGGGCCGUUCCUCAAGACACGCCAACACCAGAAACCCCAAGAUACCAUCAUGAGAUUAGCCACCAUUGCUUCGUUUGUUGGCUUGGUCACAGCCUCGCCCAUUGGACUGCUUCCACCCGCGCUGUUGAACCCUUUUGGACCCAAGAAGCCCGAUGGAACCGUGGCCACUGCUCCCCUUGACGUUGUGCACGAGAUGGAGCACUACUGGAAGUACUGCUCCGUCUCCUACUGUGUUGGAAUGGGUAAAAACAACCAGCUCUACUCUCAGGUCAAGUCGCCAUUUGUCUGCAACAACAUCCUGUGUGCCGACCAGGAGUUCUCUCAGACCGAGCUGCUGUACAGCUUUUACGGAAUCAACGAGCAUCAGACUGCCAACGGAUACCUGGCUGCUGACCACAAGAGAAAGCAGCUGAUCCUGGUGUUCCGAGGAACUCAGAGCGAGGCCGACUCUGCCGCUGACCUCAACACCUGGCAGGUCUCCAACGUCGACUUUGACGGCCUCAAAAACUCCACCGACACUAACGCUGAGAGCGAUUGCCAUGGCUGUUCUAUCCAUGCUGGAUUCGUGGGUAUUUUCAACAAUUCUUUCAAGCAAAUCGACAGCCGACUCAACCUUUACAAGUCUAUGUACCCCGACUACAAGCUUGUUGUCACUGGUCACUCACUGGGAGGAGCUGUUGCUCUUCUCUACGGUGUUUCUCUCAGGAUCAACGGUCGAGACCCUCUUGUUGUCACUUUUGGCCAACCCCGAGUUGGUAACGCUGCAUUCGCCUCUUACGUCGACUCUCUCUUCUUCCCUACUGCUGGAGAUCAGCUCUCCUCCUCUCCCUACAGAAAAAUGUACCGGGUCACUCGAUACGAAGACCCCGUAACCCAGGUCCCCUUCUGGGACGGUUACACUCAGCAGUCUGGAGAGGUGUUCAUCAACCAGUUUAACGUGCCCACCAAGCCCGAGAACGUGGUCUUCUGCCAGGGCCAGAACAACGGCUUCUGCGCCAAUGGUAUCCCUUGGUACCAGUACGCCAACAUCGACUCCGACAAGCAGGUCCACAGCUCAUACUUUUUCCGAAGCCCUGGCUGUGGUGGAUCGCAGUCCUUCACACCCUAUGGUGGAAACCAAACUGAGCCUUCUGCUGUUUCUAUUCCUCCAGGAGACUUGAAGGCCCGACUUAACCUGCCCUAUGAUACCAACUACUAA